GCAUCGUUCCCUUCCGCGCCAGGCCGUUCAUGUACCUAUCGCGUGCAGAAAACUAACACGAUGCCUGGUGUUGGAGAGGCAGGAGACAACCGCGUAUCCACGGGCACCACAACAGCACCUCCCUCGUACGAGGUUUCGAUCGACCUGGGACAGAUCAUCAAGGACACGGGCGAUGGAAUGGCUCUGUUGCGUCGCGAUUUCUAUCAUGUCAAGGCACAUGCAGAAGUCGUGCCUCAUUUGGCAAGCUCAAUCUCCAGUCUGCAGCAGGAAGUGGAGGACUUGAAGGCGAUGAUGGAUAUCAACAUGAAGGCCAUGUGCGAGCGGCUGAAAGUGCCGUUCACGAGCUGUGAAGAGGUGCAGAGCAGCAGACGGCGAGAAGAGGCUGCAGCACUCGCGGGAAGCCGUUGGCAGCGAAGAGUCGACUAUAAAGCGCAGUCAUCCGCGCCGAUGUGGAAAGCGAGCAGAAGAGGGAGUGGAGGCAGUGAGUGAAGAUGAUGGUGAUGAAGAGGGAGAUGAAGAUGAAGUCGCUGUUCUCGUACGAUAUGGAACAACCUGCCCAUUGAAGAUCCAUCCAUGGAUGCUGGGGUGGAUGACGGGGGACAACCACAAGUUGGCCAAGCUGUCCCACGACCUCUUUCAGCUCUGCUCUCAAUCCCGACCACCCCACCGGCCCCCGCCGUCCGCGGGUCGGGUGGACCUGCAAUGCAGGACGAGGAAAAGAAGAAGAUGCCAUCCAAUUCCUCUAUCUCUCCACCCAUACAACUCCCGCACGUCACGACUGCCACGUUGCCGCUGGUGCAUGAUGUCUGCCGCGAAAUCUGUGGCCGUCAUCGGCUCGCUGAACGUGGACUUCGUGACCAGGACAUCGCGUUUGCCGCAUCCGGGCGAGACACUGCAAGCAAUCUCGUUCGACACCGGCUUCGGGGGCAAAGGAGCGAACCAAGCAGUAGGCGCUGUCCGGCUCGCCGGCGAAGGAGUCAAAGUGCGCUUGAUCGGGGCUGUCGGCGAUGAUGGCUUUGGUAAUGAUUAUUUCGAGGCCCUGGGCAAAGAGGGCAUUGACUCCAGUGGCGUGCGCAGAUUGAAAGGAGAGAAGACGGGAGUCACCAACAUCGUCGUGGAUGCGAGCGGCGAAAAUCGAAUCAUGUUCGUUGCGAAUGCGAACAUGACGUUCAAAGACGACGAGGACCUGGUCACAGGUCAGGAAGGAGAUGUCGUUGUUCUUCAGCUAGAGAUCCCGUUCAACACUGUUCUCUACAACAUGCGCAAGGCACGCGAGAGUGGAAAGCAUGUCAUCUUCAACCCAGCCCCCGCUGUAGCGCUGCCUCCAGACGCCUUCCCAGACAUGGACACGCUCAUCAUGAACGAAACAGAGGCUGCAAUCCUUGCUGGUCAGUCCGAAACCACGACGGCAGACAAGGACAGUCUGUUACAACUGUGCAAAGCGUUCCUGGAGAAAGGUGUCCGAGAAGCGGUAGUCAUCACUCUUGGUGGCGAAGGCUUGGUUUAUGCCACUGCUUCUGGCGCGUCAGGCCACGUGGGCGCCCACAAGGUCAAAGUGAUCGACACCACAGCGGCCGGAGAUACAUUUGUAGGAGGUUAUGCCGUCCAGAGAGCAAGACAUGUUUCUGCCUCUGGAGAAUUCGACUUCAAGCAAGCACUGGAGUUCGCAACACUCGCGGCAUCAAAGACGGUAGAGAAGGAAGGUGCUAUGGAGGCUAUACCGUACCUCAAGGACCUGUAGCUUGAGUACCAGGUACCAGGUAUUUCAAGGACUUGUAGUAGCUUGAGAGAGCCUUCUCAUACUCAUCGCUGCUCAUGCAGCUCAAGUAGAGACACAAUUCACUGGCACUUGUGUGGCUGUAAUGUAGUACCCUAGAAACCUUAUCACACAUCUCUUAUGCCCG